UCCAAAUUAAAACUUGUCUCUUCCUCUUCACUAACUUACAAAAACCCUAACCCUAAUUUUUUCUAGCCCCAAAUUCUCCUUCACACUUUUCUUUUCUCAAUCGCUGAAGAUGGAAGACGAAGAAGGGAUCGGGUUAAUUUUAGCCAGAGCCACCGAGCUCAGACUCAAGAUCAGCGACUGUAUCGAUAGCUCAAGCACCGCCGUCAGCGAAGACGGCGGCGGAAAUGAGAAUCCUUCUCCGGGAGAAAGAAAAAAAGACGAGAAUAUUGGGAAUCAAGACAAGGAUUUUGACUCAAUCAGCUCUGCCGAUGUAGAGGAAGAAGAAGAAGAAGCUGAACGGCUUCUUCGUAUACGCGAUGCUCUCGAAUCCCUCGAGUCUCAGCUCGCUGCUUUACAGAAUCUUCGGCAAAGACAACAAUACGAGAAGCAAGUGGCUCUCUCUGAGAUUGAUUACAGUAGGAAGAUGUUGCUUGAGAAGCUCAAGGAGUACAAAGGCAAAGAAUUCGAAGUACUACGCGAGGCUUCGACUUUCGCCGGCGAAAGAGUCGACUACGAAAAUGAUCUUCUUCUUCCUCCUUACCCUGUCCAUCCUCCUCUCUCACUCGACAAUGGCUACUUGCCUCACUUACCGUCGAAGCAGAAACCGGAAGCAAACGGGUUCGGUUCAGGAAACGCAAGAAACGAAAGAGAGGUGAAAAGUGAAGAAGGCUCUAAUCAUCAUGGGGUUAUUCGCUUCUUAGGCUCUGUUGCAAAGAUCGUGCUUCCGAUCAUUGGUGUGAUUUCUAUCUUGUCUGCUUCUGGAUAUGGUCCAGAGAUGAGGAAAAGAGGCGCUUCCUUGAAGCUUUUGAGAUAUCUGGGUGGGAAGAACACACCGAAUCAAUGCCCGUCGGGGAAAGUUCUCGUGAUUGAAGACGGUGAAGCACGGUGUCUUGUCAAAGAAAGAGUCGAAAUUCCCUUUGACUCGGUGGUUGGAAAACGCGAUGUAACUUACGGAUACGGUUGAAUCGAAUGAAAAAAAAACGCACCUUUUCUCUGUGUAAUCUUCAUUGCUCUGAAUUCAAGUGUGUAAAGUUUCAACCUUUUUUAAUCUCUUAGAUGUGAAGAAGACAGGAUGUUACAUAACUACAAGAAGUUUUGUUCUUGCUUCUGCUUCUCAGCAAAUAAUCUUGGGCAAAAUAGAGAUCCAUUUU